AUGCCUGUUGGCGCGGGCUGGGAGGCAGGGACUCGCUCUGGGCAGCGAGACCCCGGGCCGGGGGUGCUGGGCAGCCCUGCCCACCCCUGCCCACCCUGCCUAGCCCACGAGGUGCUGGCCAGCCUGCCGCUCCAGAUGAUGCUCUACUUCAACGUCUGGUACUUCCCGGUCUGGUGCCUGGCCGAGGGGACGAUGCUGCAGCUGAAGUACCACCUGCUGCCUCAGCACUACCAGGUCCUGCUGGUCACUGCCUUCCUCAUCCUCUCGCUGGCUGAAGGCUCCCGCCUCUACCUGGGCUACGUGGGGAACCUGCAGGAGAAGUCUGCCUUCCUCACACUGAAGACCAUGACCAAGCGGCUGGCAGCACAGUUCUACCUGUGGCAGCUCAGGGAGGGUGGCAGGGGAUGGCCGGGGCCGAGGGGCACAGUGGGGCAGGCAGCUGAGCAGGGGUGA